AUGCUUUUUACAUUAACCUGCGCUUUCGUGGGCAUCAUCGCCGCCAGCGGCCUACCCCAGCGACCAGCAGCUGAGGUCUCAUAUGCUGUCUCACGCGGCGCUAAGAUAACUGUGUUCCCAUCUGUCAGAAAAACACUUCAGGGGGUCAGAGGCCUUCAUGCUAUUCGACCCCAUGAUCCUGGAGUGAAGUGGAGCCUGUCGAGCUCUUUUUCUCUCGGCUCUCUAGCCAAACGGAGUAGGUACUUGCCAUCGAGAGAUCAUGAGGACCCAAAAGGAAUGCCCCAUGAUCGUCACCUUCUUCACCUUCAUAGGGGAGACUUGGGACCUGCGUUCAUCGAGCCAGAGCAAGAUGUGCAAGGCGCACUCGAAGAGCCGUCGGCGCCUCCCAGCAAUCUCCCAGCCGAAGAGGUAGAGGCCAGAGAAACUAAAGAGCCAAACGCAACGGAUAGCGACGGUACUGCACCUUCUUCGCCUUCACCUCAUGAUUUUGAGUGGGAUCUCUCGGUUCCACCGCAAUCGAAAACUGCAUUUAAAUCUUUUGCGCUCGAGCUUCAGGAGAAGCUGGCGCUCCACGGAGAAAGGAGAGCGUACAGAAGACCGAGAGGAUGUGCUGCUUUCCUGGGCCUAACUGAAGCGGUUAGUGGCAAAAUGUGCAGCAAAGUCCUUGUCCGUGUGGUUCAGCAGCCAUCUGCAGGGGCCGCUUUCUUCUCCUCUGUCAUGGCACGUCUCGGUGCUGCAUUCAGACGGCUCAAAGGGGCGGGCAAAUUAAUCAUGGCGAAAAUGCGUAAGCUGUUUGGAGCCACAGGAAAGAAGGGGCCAGAAAGCAAGGCAGUUCAGUGGAUCAAGAAUAUGGCUAGCAAGGCGUGGGUGCGGAUGCAGGCUCUUUUAAAGAGUAUUUUGAGGACUGUAAUUCGUUUUUUGCCGCUGAUGUUAUUUCUCGUAAAUAUAACAUUUCUCUCGAUUUCGGUCUUGUCGUUUGCUGCUGCGCCGAAUCCCCUGACUUUGAUAGCUAUGAUCUCUACGGCAUUCAACCUUCUUUCGUUUAUAUUCAACACCGCGAUGCGCAUGCACAUGAGGCAAGCCAUUCAAAAGUCCCUUGAGGAAGGCUCAGAAGUGCGAGACAUGGAGCUCUUUGGCCUUAAGUGGGGGGAACUCAGUGCAGAAGAAGCAUUGGGAGGAGAGGACCUGAAGAAUGAUGCGCUCGAGGAGGAGUUGCGAGCAUCGCGGAAAAGCAGGAGAGCAAAAUCAACGAAGCAGGAGAAACAGCAGUCACCUGGGACCUUUUCCGAAACAAUAUUGGACACGACAACCGAUGAAGAAGAGACACAACCGCCGGCGCAAGCCACAAAGCCUUUUGAAGAGGGCGGAGGGGAAGAAACAGAAGCACUUGCGGAAGAAGAAACUGCAGAGAAAAACCCAUUUGUCCUCUCAGAGGAGAACUUUAGUAUGGCCUCAGAGGCAGCGCCAACGGGCGUUACAGCAGAGACAAUGGAGGAAGUCAAGCGCAUCAUGUUAUCCCGUAUUGCGCAAGACAGAGCAAAACUGAGUUUCCUAAGGGCCAAAGAGAAAUUAAAGGAGGCAAGAGCAGAGAAGGCCAAACGCACUAGGAGAGCGUGGAAUGUUGCAAAGACUAGCGUCCGUCUUAUUGCAGAAUCUCUCAACUAUGGACUCAACAAAGUCCUCGCAAGAUUCGGAGCAGCCUGGCACUGGGCAGUGGAGGUUGGACUGAAGAAGCUAAUUCGUCGCUUCCGGAUGUUAAAGCUCUUUGGUGUGAUAGCUGCCUGGUUUGAGCGAGUUGCGACGUUUAUAAGAUGGUUUGCAGGCGAGGGAAAGUUUUAUAUUUCAGUAUUUGACACGUUCAGGGGCUCCGCCUCAUUUAUAGUGCAGAACGCGGAAAAGAUUUCGGCGCUUGUUAAAGGCACCAUUCAAUUUUCUUUCUCGACUUUGGACGCAACACUUUUCUGCGCAAUGCUCCUCAACGCCAUCACAAAACCUGUUUACGGGCUCUAUUUCGCUUACCAAGGUUUGCUGGAGGACAAAACGAGGACAGAGGCAAUGCAGGAAUUUCGACUUAACCGGAAAGCCCUCACGAACUUUCUCUUGGGCAGUGCCGCAAUGGAAUCUCAAGUGGGACAUGCAGCAGCGUUUGAGGUGCCUGGGCCCGAACUGCAAGAAAUUAUGUUCUUAAUGGCGUACCUCGAGCAGUACAGGGCACAAAAAGUGGGAAAUCUGCAGCUGGCAGGCGUCAACCCCCUGCAGGCCUACAGUAUCUACGAACGCAUUGGCCGUUUAGAUUUCUUGCUGGGAAAAAUGAACCCCUUAGAACGAGCGAAGUUUGAGAACGUUUUCUCUGCUCUUAAGGAGUGGGAUGCUGAAGCAGCAGCAACAGCAGCGCGCGAUUCCCUGCUCAAUCAUGUGCAGCACUGCGUGUUACUAGCUAUGCUUGUCUCCAACCCGGGCCGCCUCCAGUAUGAAAUACGCCAGGCGCUCUUAGGCAACAACUUCUCUUUCUUGCCUCGGGACGCCGUUGGGAAGCUGGCGGCGAUUGUGUAUGACAUUGUAGUUGACAUUCUUGGAAAGGAAGUGGCACUGGAGGUUCCCGCUGGAGGGGGAAGCGUCGUGGACCCCUCGGCGCUGCACAUAAACCUGCUACCUUUUAGCUCUUCUUUGAGUCUGUAUCAUUUGUACGAGUCUCUGCAACGGCUGUUCACAGUCUCCAUGACUCCUGCGGAGCAGCGCUUCGCCGCUAUGAGCGCCCCGCUGGGACAAAUCGUUACACAAGACAACUGCGGGCCUAUCCGCCCAGGCAUUGCGCUUAUGCCUGACAACGAUGUUGCUGUUGUGCAAUUCGGUGGAGGCCAGUGCGGCAAAGUCGCAGCGGCCAGCUUUCUUAAGGCACAGGCAGACCCCAACGUUCGCCGGUUCAUCCGAGAAGAAAUUUUCGAAGUUUCAGCAGAACAAUGCGCCCCCUAUGCAACGGACGCGUAUGAAGCAAUGGACAUCGCUGUGGAGCAGAUCCUGGCGUCUGGAGUUCCCGAAGAUCAAAUAGGAGUUGCAAUACAGCACGCAGUAGAUGAAUUAGGAGACAAAUAUUACAUCGUCGUUGAUGCAGCAAGGAUGCUGGCAUCCGCUGGGAGAUCCAUUGAGAUGAAGUCCUUCAAAGCACUACGAUUGCUACAAGCUGUCGUUAUGUCAAUCGAACAACAGUCUAUUUUCAAGUCCAUGAUGGAGACUAUUAUUAGAAAGCAUUUUGGGUUGUCUACCGGCUUCAACUCGCGCGUCCCUUCGAUAUUGCAACAAACGAGCUUGGAGGUCGAAGAGACGAGAGCAUUUUGCAAACGAUGCGCUGUGCGGUACUUAGCGGAGUUGAUUCGAAAAACCCUCUUGGAGUCAUUUGAAAAGGAAGAAGAAAAGUUUAUAGUAAAACUCUUUGCACGCAUCUACGCGACUGCAAUUAUGGACCACAUUGAGGAAAACGUUUCAGUUAACCCCGAGACAGGCGAGGCUUCAGAAUACUCUGAUGAUCUCAGCAUAUUCCCUGAAGCCAUUUCGAACAUCGACCCCUUGGCUGCAGCCCUUGUGAAAUUCUUUUAUUACUCUGAAAGAGAAGAAGAAGAAGCAAGAUUGGCUUCCCUCUUUGAGCGGUCAUUAGCAGAGAUAGUGCAGGGCUUGGAGGACUCUAAACUCGAGUCUCGAAGCAGAACAAGCGUUGUUCUUCGCCUAAGACAAUUCGUUAGCAAGAGAAGCUCCUUUGCUGCUGAAAUUGCAGCAGCGAGAAAAAAAACAGAAAGUCCGCAACAUUAUGGACCUGAGGCGUUUACCUUGCUCCAGGAGACAUUCGAACAUAUGCUUACUGAAUUCCAUGACCUCAAAGCGCGCGUCAUAGCAGCCCUGAACAGCGGGCAGAUGUACCCAAGGACCUUCAUGUGCACUGACACGUCAUCAUCUGCUAUGUGGCAAUUCACAACUGGAGUCUCAGCGCGACUAACAGAAGCCAUCGAAACCGCAGAGCGUAAGAAGCGUGCCAAAGUAUUUAAGAAGAGAGGCAGGAAGGCUUCAGUGCCGCUUUUUUUGUUGGAUUUAAUUGACUCAGUUGAACAUAUCAACAGACACGGAAUAAAUGGAACCCACUUCGUACUUGAUAUGAGAUACGUAUUCAAACAAAGAAGAAAAA